UCCUUUCAUUUUCUUUUUCUUUUCACGGCGAACUGUCAACCUUUUCGGGCUGUUCGGACGGCAGUUCGUCAUUAAAUCCGAUUUCAUCGGCUUGGAUUUAAUAUAAAUAUUAAAGUGUUUUAAUUAAUAUAUUAGCACAAUGCCACCUAAGUUCGAUCCCAAUGAAAUUAAAAUUGUUAAUUUAAGAUGUGUUGGUGGAGAAGUUGGUGCCACAUCAUCAUUGGCUCCUAAAAUUGGUCCUCUUGGUCUUUCCCCUAAAAAGGUUGGUGAUGACAUAGCCAAAGCGACCAGUGACUGGAAGGGUCUCAAGAUCACAGUACAACUGACUGUGCAGAACAGACAGGCUCAGAUCUCAGUUGUGCCAUCAGCAGCUGCCCUCAUCAUCAGAGCCUUGAAGGAGCCACCUCGUGAUCGUAAAAAGCAGAAAAAUAUUAAACACAAUGGAAACAUCAGUCUUGAAGAUGUAGUGAACAUUGCAAAGAUUAUGAGGCCCCGCUCCAUGGCGCGAGAGUUGUCUGGUUCAGUGAAGGAAAUACUUGGCACAGCCCAGUCUGUUGGGUGCACAGUUGAGGGAAGACCCCCACAUGACAUCAUUGUCGAUAUCAACAGUGGUGCUAUUACCAUUGAUGAAUAAAUACAUGAUGUUUUAAUAUAAAA